CUUGAGUGUGGGAAAAAUUUCAUUCAUCACUCAAACCUCACUAAACAUAGGAGAAUCCACACGGGCGACAAACCCUAUGAAUGCAACGACUGUGGGAAAAGUUUCAUUGAGAGAACAAAACUUACUAGACAUCAGGCAAUCCACACAGGAGAGAAACCCCAUAAAUGCUUGGACUGUGGGAAAACUUUCAGUCAGAAGUCCCAACUUCUUAUACACGGGAGACUGCACACAGGAGAGAGACCUUAUAAAUGCCUUGAGUGUGGGAGAAGUUUUAGUCAGAGCUCAAAUCUUAUUACACAUCAGCGAACCCACACAGGAGAGAGACCUAAUAUAUGCCUUGAAUGUGGGAAAAGGUUUAAGCACAGUUCAUCUCUAACUAAUCAUAGGAGAAUCCACAUGGGAGAGAGACUGUAUAAAUGCCUUGACUGUGGGAAAGGUUUUAUAGAAAGUUCAUCCCUUACUAAACAUGGGAGAAUCCACACAGGAGAAAGACCCUAUAAAUGUCUUGAGUGUGGGAAAAGUUUCAGUUUGAAAUCAACCCUUAAUUCACAUCAGAAAACCCACGCAGAAGAGAAACCCCAUAAAUGCCUGGACUGUGGGAACACUUUUGCUAGGCGCUCAAUCCUUACUAAACAUGGAAGAAUCCACAUGGGGGAGAGACCUUAUAAAUGCUUUGACUGUGGGAAAAGCUUCAGUAAGAGCUCAGAGCUCACCAAACAUCAGAGAAUCCACAAGGGUGAGAGAACCAAGAAAUUGUUUGACCGCAGGAAAAGAUUCAAGUUGACUUCACACAUCACUGACCACACAACAGAAUCUGCGGGAAGCUUCAUUUGGUGCUCCCGGAGUAUCAGGCACCUGCAAAUCCACAUAGGGAAGAAACCUCUGAGAUGUUCUCAUUGUGGAAAAUGCUUCAAGUGGAGCUAACGCCAUGAUGGACAUCAGAGACUCCUCCACACAGCAGGGAAAUUCUCUCAGGGCCCUGACUAGGGCUAGUCAUGGUGACAAUCCCAUUUCCUUGUUCCAACCCACAUCAGGGGCAUUUGGCUCCCAAGGACCCAGCUGCCCAUAGCUGCGGUGAGGAUCCAGCAGCAGCUGAGCAGCAGCUGGUCAGUGACCCUCUGGCUCUGCCUGGUCUAAGCAAACCCCGGGCAGAGGAGAAGCCCUAAUUAGCCCAUCCUCCACCCCAUCCCCACCCCCCCUGCUGCGGUCCUGGCUGCUGAGCUGAUGGGCCAUGGGUGAGGGAAAGGAGAGAGAGAAACUCCUCCAGCUGCUCCCUCUGCCUGGCUGAAGUUCCCCCCCUCCCUUCCCCUCCCAGUCGGGAUCCCCCUGCCACGAAGAUGAGGAGGACACUUGGGCCAGGCUGCAGCUCAGAAACAGCCCUGAUUGGUCACCUUCCCAGUUGGUCCAUUCCCCUACAUCCAUAGCUGAGAAAUGGCUGCCAGAUCCCACCUACCCA